UUGUGUUGUGUGGCUUUUUCAGAUAAUGACAGAGAAUGUGUGAUUGUUUGGGAAAAGAAGCCAACAGUUGAAGAGAGAGCAAAAGCAGAUACUUUAAAGCUCCCACCUACGUUCUUCUGUGGAGUCUGCAGCGACACAGAUGAGGACAAUGGAAAUGGGGAGGACUUUCAGUCAGAGCUUCAGAAAGUGCAUGAAGCACAGAAAUCCCAGAGUGAGAAAGUGACUGAUGUAGUCGGUAAUGAGUCUGCAGGUGAGACUGGCGUGACAAGCUCUUUUGUCUGUAAGUCUGAAGAACCUGAUUCUAACACCAAGUCUGGGAGCUCAUCCCCCGUUUCUGGGACUGUGGACAAGCCUGUAGAUUUGUGUACUAGAAAAGAAACUGACACGGAAUUCCCAAGCCAAGGGGAAAGUAAGACUGUUUUGUUUGGAUUUGGAAGUGGUACAGGGCUGUCAUUUGCAGACUUGGCUUCAAGCAAUUCUGGGGAUUUUGCUUUUGGUACUAAAGAUAAAAAUUUCCAGUGGGCAAAUACUGGAGCAGCUGUGUUUGGCACACAGUCAACAAGUAAAGGUGGUGGAGAUGAGGACGGCAGUGAUGAGGAAGUGGUCCACAGCGAAGACAUUCAUUUUGAACCCAUAGUCUCCCUGCCAGAGGUAGAAGUGAAGUCUGGAGAAGAAGAUGAAGAAAUUCUGUUCAAAGAAAGAGCCAAACUUUAUAGAUGGGAUAGAGAUGUCAGUCAGUGGAAAGAGAGAGGUAUUGGAGAUAUAAAGAUUCUUUGGCAUACAAUGAAGAAUUAUUAUCGGAUCCUAAUGAGAAGAGACCAAGUUUUUAAAGUGUGUGCAAACCAUGUUAUUACCAAAGCCAUGGAGUUAAAACCUUUAAAUGUUUCAAAUAAUGCUUUAGUGUGGACUGCUUCGGAUUAUGCUGACGGAGAAGCAAAAGUAGAACAGCUGGCAGUGAGAUUUAAAACAAAGGAGAUGACUGAGUGUUUUAAGAAAAAAUUUGAAGAAUGUCAACAAAAUAUAUUGAAACUCCAAAAUGGACAAGUAUCCCUUGCAGCAGAAUUAUCAAAGGAGACCAAUCCUGUGGUGUUCUUUGAUGUUUGUGCGGAUGGUGAACCUCUAGGACGGAUAAUCAUGGAAUUAUUUUCAGAUAUCGUUCCUCAAACUGCCGAGAACUUCAGAGCAUUAUGCACGGGAGAGAAGGGCUUUGGUUUCAAGAACUCUAUUUUUCACCGAGUAGUUCCAGAUUUUGUUUGCCAAGGGGGAGAUAUCACCAAACAUGAUGGAACAGGAGGACAGUCCAUUUAUGGAGAUAAAUUUGAAGAUGAAAACUUUAAUGUGAAACACACUGGUCCUGGCUUACUAUCCAUGGCCAAUAGGGGCCGGGAUACCAACAAUUCUCAAUUUUUUAUAACACUGAAGAAAGCAGAACAUUUGGACUUUAAGCAUGUAGUAUUUGGAUUUGUUAAGGAUGGCAUGGAUACUGUGAGAAAGAUUGAAUCGUUUGGUUCUCCUAAAGGGUCUGUUAGUCGAAGAAUUAGUAUCACAGAAUGUGGACAGCUAUAAAGUAAUUUUCAUAGUGAAUUUAAUCUAUAUAAACAGUUGAAUUGAUGCUUGUUACAGGCAAUAUGGUAAUUAUGUUCACCUUUUGAAAACAGAUCUUUCCAAUGUAUAAAUGUAAAAUUGUAGCUUAUAGCUGUUGUCACUUUUUAAUGUGUGAUAAUUGAUCUUGCAUGGUAUGAAAUAAAAGUUUAAACACUGGUGUA